ACCGCGCUUUGCCGGCUCGGAGGCGAGAGGCCGGGGCUCUUGGCGCACGUGUCCCCCCAGCACGUCCGAAAGGCCCGCCGGCGAGCGAGCAGAUCCAGCCGCGCUGCGCACGGGGAGGCGCGUCUGCGUUGCCUGCCAACAGAGGGGGGAAGCCGCAGAACGACGCCGGGAAAAGAAACUUCAAGGAGCAGCUCUUCUCCUUUUCUUACUUGGUGAAAUGUACUAUGGAACAUGUUGGAGAACAUGAAAUGUGCUGCGUGUCGGACCAGAUGUACUGUGUGGAACGGCGAGUGUACAACGAAGGAACCCUACAGGGCCUGCUGCAUAGGAAGCAAACAGCCUCUCAGCCUCUCAAUCAGAAGAUAGCCCAUUUUUGUCGCUGUUCUUCCAAGAAAGCCAAAUCUGUUCUCUUUAGUUUUUUACCAAUCUUUAAAUGGCUCCCAAAGUAUCCCGUGAAAGAAUAUUUGCCAGGAGACCUUGUCUCUGGUAUAAGCACUGGGGUCAUGCAGCUUCCUCAAGGGUUAGCUUAUGCAUUGCUGGCUGCUCUGCCCCCUGUUUUUGGCCUGUAUUCUUCUUUUUAUCCAGUCUUUCUGUAUACCUUUUUUGGAACCUCCAGACACAUAUCCAUAGGAACCUUUGCUGUCAUUAGUCUGAUGAUUGGUGGAGUUGCUGUCAGAGAAGCUCCUGAUGAAAUGUUCGAUAUUAUGGAUGCCAACUCUACCAAUGCCACUGAUCCCGAAACCUUCAGAGCCAGAGAUGAUGCGAGGGUGAAGGUUGCGGUUGCAGUGACGUUGCUCACGGGCAUCAUACAGUUGAGUUUAGGUCUCCUUCGGUUUGGGUUUGUAGCUAUUUACCUCACGGAGCCCCUGGUGCGGGGAUUCACCACCGCUGCGGCCGUGCAUGUCUUUACCUCCCAGCUGAAGUAUCUCCUUGGAAUUAAGACGAAAAGAUUCAGCGGGCCCCUCUCAUGCCUUUAUAGUUUGAUUGCUGUAUUUUCAAACAUCACCCAAACCAACGUUGCGGCGUUAGUCGUGGGGCUGGUUUGCAUGGUUUUGUUGCUGAGCGGGAAGGAAAUGAAUGACCGCUUUAAAAAGAAGCUGCCUGUCCCUGUCCCAAUGGAGAUCAUAGUGGUUGUAAUUGGUACGGGUGUUUCAGCGGGAAUGGGUCUGUCAGAGACCUAUGGCGUGGAUGUUGUUGGGACUAUCCCCAAAGGGUUACGUCCUCCAGAAAUACCUGAUAUCCGCCUCAUCUCAGCAGUUUUUGUGGACGCCAUAGCCAUAGCCAUAGUUGGCUUUUCCAUGACGAUCUCCAUGGCCAAGAUCUUUGCUCUUAAACAUGGUUAUACUGUUGAUGGAAAUCAGGAACUUAUUGCAUUAGGCAUAUGCAAUUCUGUAGGAUCGUUUUUCCAGACUUUUGCUAUAACUUGCUCGAUGUCUCGGAGUCUUGUCCAGGAAAGCACCGGGGGAAAGACUCAGGUUGCUGGCACACUAUCCUCCAUCAUGGUCUUGCUGGUUAUUGUAGCCAUUGGUUACCUCUUUGAACCACUUCCGCAGGCUGUGCUUGCUGCUAUUGUAAUGGUGAAUCUGAAAGGAAUGUUCAAACAGUUUGGAGAUAUUGCUCACUUCUGGAGAACCAGCAAGAUCGAACUGGCUAUCUGGAUUGUAGCCUUCCUGGCCUCCGUGUUCCUGGGGCUGGACUAUGGUCUACUCACAGCUGUAGGUUUUGCAUUGAUUACCAUCGUGUACCGAACACAAAGGCCACAGUACAGAAUCCUUGGCCAGAUUCCUGAUACAGACAUUUACUGUGGUGUGGAAGACUAUGAAGAGGUGAAAGAAUGCCCUGGAAUCAAAAUAUUCCAGGCAAACUCCUCACUGUAUUUCGCCAACAGUGACUUGUAUGUCAGUGCACUGAAGAAAAAGACUGGUGUUGAUGCCUGUGCAAUAUUGGCUGCAAAGAAGAAAGCCGAGAAAAGACAUGCGAAGGAACUAAAGCAACUGCAUAAAAACAAGAAGAAAACAGUCUUGGAACUGGCCAGAGAUGAUGCCGAAAACAACGGGAAACAGGAAGUGCCAAAGGAUAAAAUGUCAGUCAAUGGAAAAUUCUCUGCUGCAGAAGCUGCAAUGCAGAACUCUUCUCCCGACGAACUCGAACACUUCAUGAAGCCAGGGGUCAACGUGCAUUCCAUCAUUUUGGAUCUUUCGCCAGUGAACUUUGUGGAUUCAGUUGGCGUCAAAACCCUAAAAUCAAUCAUAAAAGAAUACGAAGACAUUGGCAUUUCCGUGUAUCUAGCUGGGUGCAAUGGCUCCGUUAUGGACAAUCUUGUUAGACUGCAGUUCUUUGACAAGCCUGCCCGAAGAGAUUUGCUGUUUCCCAGUAUUCAUGAUGCUGUGCUUACCAGCCACCUGAAAGUUAUCUCGGGCUCACAGACACCUGUAGAUGCUGAGUCUUGUAUGCCUGAAUUACGGGAGCAGAACUGAUUUCAUGGAGGCACGUCGAUGGCCUUCCAAAGGCACCUCCCUGUGUGUUUACUUUGCACAGAUGAUUCAGAGCUUCUAAUUUGUCUACUCAGGGCAUAUGCUGUGGCAGUGGGACAGAAAGUUUUCUGCCAAAGAACUGCCUGAGGAAUUCAAAGCCUUAAUACUCCCCCAAAAUGUAUGGGGCAAAAGUUGCAUAAAGUUGACCCACUGAGCAUUUUUCCUGCAGGCAAUUUUCAAGUUUCUCUUUUUGUUCGGGCAUGUGCCAGCGGAUAAUAUUGCACUGUGGUGGGGGGAAGGAAUGUGUGUGACUGGAGAGCAGAGAGGGGUGGAAAAAGGGGACCAGUUCCUGCUCAUUUAUCUGCCACAGUGGAACGGAAAGCUGUUACCAAAAGGCAUUGUCUUGCCAAACGUUUUAAAGAAUUUCCAACCAGAUGCCAUUACAUUUGUAGUAACUAUUUUUAAAAAAGAACCUUUCUGCAGCUGAAAAAGUCUUAAUAUUCAAUGUUACUUUGUACCAUUUCUGUAUUGCCCUUCUCAGUUGAAUCAAGUUUUUGCACAGUAACCCAUAUUUAUUAAUAAAUGGUGAUAGAC